CGGUUCCGGCCCCCCUUCACCCAUAAUUGCAUCCCCAGAAACCCUAGGCGGCUAGUCCUCUGUGUAGCCAAAACCCCGGCAGCCCGACGCUGUGCCUGCGCGGAAGCGAGGGGAGAGAGAUGGGGCGGCCGUACGCAGUGAAGGGGAAGAAGAAGCGGAAGCUGGCUGACGCCUCGGCUUCGCGUGCCCCUCCGGUCGCCGACGAGGCGGAGGAACGGCAGUCUGACGGAGUGCGUGCGGGAAGCGAGAGGAGAGAGAUGGGGCGGCCGCACGCAUUGAAGGGGAAGAAGAAUCGGAAGCUGGAAGACGGCUCAGCCUCGCGCGCUCCUCCGGCCGCCGACGAGGCGGAGGAGGUGCCUCCGCCGGAGGAGCAAGAGGGGGAAGGGGCUCCGGAAGAAGCCGCUGAGGUUGUGGAGGGGAUCCCCAUCGUGCCCAGGCCGGUGGACGGGAAGCGACGGCCGGGCGCGAUCUUCGUGCUCGAGAGGGCCUGCCUCGAGGUCGGCAAAGUCGGCAAGGCUAUGCAAAUCUUGAACUCGGAUGAUCACGCUAAUUAUUUGAGGAAGCAGAACCGCGAUCCAGCUGAUUAUAGGCCAGAUAUCAUUCACCAGGCACUACUAGCAAUAUUUGAUAGCCCUCUAACUAAGGCUGGGAGGUUACAAGCUGUUUAUGUUAGGACUGAAAAGGGAGUGUUAUUUGAAAUCAAGCCUCAUGUUCGCUUGCCACGAACAUUCAAACGUUUCUGUGGUUUGAUGUCACAGUUAUUGCAAACAUUGAGCAUUUCGGCCGUUGGGAGGCGUGAGAAGCUCCUUAAUGUUAUUAAAAAUCCUGUUACCCAGUACCUACCUGUUGGUGCGCGGAAGAUCGGUCUCUCAUAUAGUUCGGUGAAGUCAGUUAAUUUGUUCGACUAUGUUGCUAAAUCCAGUGAUGAUGAACCCCUUGUGUUUGUGGUUGGUGCCAUGGCCCAUGGAAAGAUUGAAAACGAUUACUCGGAUGAUUAUAUACAAAUUUCCAGUUACCCUCUCAGUGCUGCCUGUUGCCUAAAUCGAAUAUCCAGUGCCCUGGAGCAGAAGUGGAACAUCCAGUGAAAGGAAAAUUUGAAAUGAGCAUUACAUCGCCGUGAUGAGAUUGCUACGCACUCAUAUAGCUAAUGGCAUUGUGUCUUUUACUGUCCUAUGUCCACUAUUCUUUUUCCCUGAGACUUCAACCUCAAGAUGUAAAAGUGUUGUAACAUUUGAACAUUGAAUGCUUCAAGUGUUUAUGAUCCUACCAACCAGAGCCAAGUCCGUUUUGGUGAAAAA